GAUAUUUGGGCUGAACUACUGUCAGUGUCAGAUGUAGAUUUGUUAUUUUUAAAUUGAGAACCAUAGUAUUCGCAUUUUGUUUUUGUCAUCAACUAAAGUGGAUUUUAGCUCUUAUUGAUAACGAGCAAAUCCAUUCGAAAGAGAAAAACGAUAUUUCAAAGCUUGAAACAUGCAGAGUGUGUUCAAUUCCGUGAAAGGAACAGCAUUAGGAGUGGCUGAAUAUUUAACGCCAGUUUUGAAGGAAUCGAAAUUUCGUGAAACUGGAGUGCUGACGCCCGAGGAGUUUGUUGCAGCUGGUGAUCAUUUGGUGCAUCAUUGUCCAACAUGGCAAUGGGCAACUGGAGAUGAGGCACGCAUCAAAACUUAUUUACCGAAAGAUAAGCAGUUUUUAAUCACCAGAAAUGUUCCAUGCUAUCGACGUUGUAAGCAAAUGGAAUAUGUUGGUGAAGAAACAAUAAUCGAAAAUGAUGGUGGUGACGAGGGAUGGGUGGAAACGCACCACUAUGAUGCUGGAACAAACGAACUUGAGGACAAAGUGUGUGAUAUGACAUUAGAUGGUAGUAAAAAUGAAGAUGAAGUAGCUGGUGAUAUGGAGGACGAAUUGAAUCGUGAUAACAACAAUGGUGAUGAAGACGACGAUGAGGAAGCUGUUGAUAUGGAAGAUUUCGAAGAAAGCGGCCAGUUGCAUAUGGUUGAUCCGGCCACAGCAAUCAGUAAACCAGCGGAAAAAACGGAACAAACUACGACAACGGAUUCAUCAGAUAAGGGUGAUCAAGUGAUUCAUACCAGAACUUACGAUUUACACAUAACUUAUGACAAAUACUAUCAAACGCCACGUCUGUGGGUAGUUGGCUAUGAUGAGAAACGUCAACCAUUGAGUGUUGAACAAAUGUACGAGGAUGUUAGUCAAGAUCAUGCCAAAAAAACAGUUACGAUGGAAACACAUCCACAUCUGCCCGGUCCCAAUAUGGCCUCCGUUCACCCCUGCAAACACGCUGAUAUUAUGAAAAAGAUUAUUCAGACCGUUGAAGAGGGAGGCAAGGCUCUUGGUGUCCAUAUGUAUUUGAUAAUUUUCUUGAAAUUUGUACAAACGGUUAUUCCAACAAUAGAAUAUGAUUUUACACAGAACUUUGCAAUGUCAUAAAAAAUUUGACAUCAUCAGUUUCUAUUUGAUAUCCGUCGCUUUCUAUAGUUUUCAAAGCAAUUUCAAUUCUCCUUUCUUUUUUUCUGAAUUUGUGUUGAUGAUCAAGGCAUAUAAAUAAAGACAAUUUGAAUGGUGAUUUUCGAUAUAUUUUUACGAAAAA